AUGGCGCAUAUGACCCCAUUGGACUUUCGUGUUACAGCAGCAGCUCAAUUUCGCUUAUUGGCAGCAGCUUGUUCAGUAUCAUUAAUUUCCAUAGAUAACCUCAAUAAAAUAUAUGGUCAAGAGCAACUUGUGAGCGCUCAAGUUUUGUCGCCGGCAUCUCUUCGUGAUCAAGCUAAUGCUCUUAUUGGAAAAUUUAAUGCCAUGAUGGUAGAAAAAAUAACACCAACUCGUGGUAUUGAGUUCAUACACUUCAUCAUCUCUCAAGAUCAAACUCACUCGGCUCUUCACACGAAUUCGUUUCUAACAAGUGUACCAGACUCCAACAAGUUUGAAGCUAUUACUAACUUUUAUCCGAAACGCGGCAAUGUUACCUACAGUAGCAACUAUCAAAACGACUUCUAUUUGUGCAAUUCACUCUUCGCAGUGAAUUACAAAGCAGGCAUCUAUGCAUGGGCUCUUGAGCCACGACCACUCACACAGAUGAUGUCUCCAGAACCACCGCCUGUUUUUGUUAUUCCCGGAAUGUAUGUUGGUUGUUAUCCAAAUGAUGCGAUGAAUGAUAAUACACUCGAAUGCUUUUUUGAUUCUACAUGCUUAAAUACCACAGCACAAUGGAUUUCUACUCUUCCAACUACUUCCUGGCCAAAGUCACUGAAUAGUUCAAUAAAAUCGCGUUUCUAUCCCAACACCACUGUUGGGUUUCUUUUGGAUCAUCAAAUGGUCGAAGAAUGGCUAAAUGUAACAAAUUUUUCGAGUUACUAUGCUGCUUGCUCACCAGCUUCAUGUACUUACACGAUGACAAAACAUAGUGGUAUUCUUCACAUACUAACAGCAUUCAUCGGAUCAUUAGGUGGUAUUAUGGUAGUUCUACGCACUGCUGCCCCACAACUCGUUGAACUACAUUCUUUUCUUGCUCGUUAUAUGUCAAAAAGAAAGAAGCCAGACAUAGGUCCACAAGUGCAACAGCUAGGUAUAGUCUCAAUCUUUUUUUAGCACCCUUUAGUGGAUUGCAUAUGAUCCAAUAGUUUACCGUGCUUUAAUGACCAUCAAGGAAGAUUCACCGUAGAAUAGCAGCAAAGUCUGCGUGGACAUGCUGUAAUAUUGUAGAAUCUAUCUUAUUUUUACGAUGAUUGUGUGAAAUCACUAAUGGUAAAAUUUCAGUUGGCCCAUCAGUUCAUACAUAUCAUGAGUUUAAUGCAAAGUGACUAAGCACCUAUUGCAAUUGUAUGUUCUCCUUGAGAUAUCUGCGUUCAACUCCAAAUACGAUCGUUCUUCCAAGCAAAUAAUUUUUCAAAAACAAUCAAGGAAUAAGAUUCAUUUUCUGCUUAUGUUCUCUUAGAAAGAUAGUCUCGAAUUAUUCUUUAGAUGAGAACGAUUGAUAUUAUUAAGAAAUCACAAGUUUGAAAUCUGCAAUUAUGUUUUGUUUUACCAAAGCUGCUUUACAGAAAUAUAUGAGUCACUACCCAAUAGAUUAUUAAAGAUCAUGUUUUGAAUGAAUGAAUGAAAAAGAGCUUUAUUAGCGGAUUUGACCACUGAGGUCCUGAACCGCAAAAAGUGCGCAAAAGAAAUACAUAAUUAAAUUAGUUAUUCAUUACAAAAUGAAAGCAGUUUAUCAAAAAGAGUUGAUUUAUCAUUUUGAUAAAAUUGUCUUAUUCGUUGUCUUGGUCGACCAGUGAGCAAAUUAGGAAUACAUUUU